AUGUGGCGAACGGCAUCCGAAUUCUUCGCUAAUCCUUGGACAGUCCCUGCUAUCAAUCCUCACAUUGUGGAGGAAUUUGAGCGACUAAAAGGAGAGCCAACAAUAGCCAAAGCUCAGUCCAAGUUUAAGAAGCGACUCGCAUCCACGCCAGCGAACCUGAAAGGUGCCAAGGCACACGAUUCUCCCGAGAACCUCAAUCCAAGCAAUGAACCCAUGGAAUUUGUUGAAAUCGUUUGGCAUGCCUUGACAACGGCGUUUCCAACAAAACAAGGUUGGAACCAGAACGAAGAACUUCUCAGCUAUUUACACACAACAACAAUCCUAUUUUAUGAUUUCUACGCUGCCCAUCAGAAGUGGCCACCAACCAUGGGCUCGAAUGACAACAACUCACAAGAGAUGGCUUUGAAAUCGACGAGGACUGCACCUGAGCACGCUCAGGAAGGUCUGGAGGCAACAACCCGCUCGAAUUCUACCACCCUAUUGACGGUUGACCUUGUGAAGGACAACCCCUGUGAACACAAACUCUCCAUGUUGUACGGCAAAUUUGUCUUGUUUCUUUCUCUGGAAAAGAUACAGCAGACCGAUUUUCUUGGUCUACCCUUCCAAAUCCCCACCAACAGAGUGGGAGCGCCAAUCUGCCCAUUGACAGAUGACUUGAGAGAAUUGCAUCCAAUUCUUUCCUUGGAAAAGGUAUUUUCAUUUGAACAUAUACAUACUUGUCUGACCUAG